UUUUUUUCAGAAAAUGGCUAAUAAUAGCAAAUACAAUAAUUAUUUUAAAUUCGAAAAAAAUAAAAUUUCUUGCAACCAAGAACAUUGUGACUAUUUUUAUGCACCAAAAAAUCAAUAUGGUUUUCCAACAACAUCUUUGCGUAAACAUUUAGAGCGUAGGCAUCCAUCAGUGUUUUCUGAGCUCCUCCAAUUCGAAAAAUCAGAAAAAGAGAUGGAUGAUGGAAAAGAAAAACUUAAACAGACAAGUUUAAAAAGAAUAUUUUCUGUUUCUGCCGGUUCGGCUUCAACUUCCCAAGUAAUGACAUCAACAAAACAGCCAAAAAUAGAAGAAUCAUUUAUGACCGAGUAUUUGAACACACCCAGAUUUGAAGGACGUUCUGCUGAUUUUUGGAGAAAUCCUCUAAAUGCUGCAAAGUUUCCCCUUCUUUUACCACUUGUUCGAAAAUACCAUUCAGCACCAAUGUCUUCUUCAGAGUGCGAACGUGUGUUUUCAGUUGCAAAAUAUAUUUUAGAUGAUCGAAGAAAGAGUAUUACAAUGGAAAAUCUCGAAAAACAGUUAUUUUUACAUGAGAAUUUGCUCAUUUACGGGUUUAAAAUUGAAUAA